AUGUCCGAUGUUUCUCGGGCCGUGAUCGACACAAUAUUACGAAUAAACACCUUCGCCUAUGUAGUCACAAUCGUCAUAGGUGUAAUUGGCAACCUAUGGGUGGUAUGGAAGGUUGGAGUAGUGCUUCUGUUCGGCUAUCGUUCAGCAGUCCCACGACAAAUUCUCUACUGCAUUUUCGUUAUCUGUUGUGCUGAUUUACUCGUAUUAUGUGAUCUUUCUCUUGUUGUACAUUUUCAAAUAUACGAAGAAUGGAUUUUUGGAGAUACAGUCUGUAAGAUGUUCUACUGCGUCGAAGUGCUCAACAAAUUUCUCAUCCCUCUAGCUCUAGUACACAUCAGCCGAUUUUCAUAUAGAUCAGUUCGUGUCGAAACCGACGCCAAGAAAGACAACCACUGCUUUUGCUUCAUUGCCUUGAAUAUUCUAGCCGUUGCUACCGUAUUUAUGCUAAUGUUUUUUGUUGGGUACUUUUCAAGCAUUAAUACCUAUUCGAUACGGCAGAAAACGAUGACCAUGUGCAAUUUUGGACCACCUCCCUACUGGGAGACCGCCUUCAAUCUGAUCGCUUUUUCUGUUGGUUAUAUAUUAACAAGUGCCGCUUACGUAUAUUUCUAUGCCAACGUUCCCAUCUUAUUGAAACGACGCUGUUCCGUCAAUUGUGGACGCAUCAAUAGCCAAGCCAUUGUCCGCAUAAGAAGGACAGUCACAGCGUUUGUCGCUGUCUACCUUACCUGCUGGACGCCGUACUGGGUUCUUUUCUGGCUCCUAUCCAUGAUACAAAUCAAGCAUAGUUGGAUGGUCGUCGUGUCUGCGUUCACCCAUCUUCUUCCGUAUAUUGCUUGUACUGCCUAUCCAGUCAUAUUAACAGCUAUGAACAAAGAAAUUGCUGCUGCACAUUCUUCCAUUAUCGAUAGUAAACGGCGUCAGUUCAGCACCAUACGAAAAGGAGCCCUUCAGGCGAUGAUCGCUCAGACAGGAGUGAUCCAAUCGUGGAUGCGUCUGGGAAUGAUCCCGAAAGCAAGCACAAUUGUGCAUAUGCCUGAAUAUUCAACGGACGAUGGAGAAAUAGCGCAAAUAUAAUUUCGUGUUCCAAAACACUCAACUUUUGUCGUUAUAACAAGCUUAGUGUUCGAUCUCAAAACAUUUACUACGAGUAUACCCACGUGUCUUCGCU